AUGGCUGCAGAUCCGAUCAACAGAACGGCCGAACUUUGUGAGCUCCUCGCAAACACUGAGCUUGAGGACAUGCUCCGCAGGCACUAUAUACUGGACCGGCGAGACUUUCCUGGAAGAGGUCCACCAUCUGGACAUCCCCUGGAAAGAGCUCGCAAGGAGACCAUGAAUCUCAUGCAGAACUACCACAAACUACAAGAAGCGCUUUUUGAUUUCAGGGGCGGCUACUGCGUUAUGUGUCACUUGCCACCGGAGCGGCGUCAUCUUAACAGAAAGCAUGCACAUGGCUGUCAGGGAACAGGUGUGCGCAUGGUUAGGGACAUUCCUGGGAUGCUUCUCUACCCGAAGUUCUUGCAAGAGAAGAAAGUGCUCAUGAAGCUGAUUGAUGAGGUGCUGCUGUCUCCCGAACACGACUUUCUGGGCGGCGGCAAAGGUUAUCUUCCGACCGACGUAGCCGCUGUGAUGGGAAGCAUUUUCGAUCUGGGAUCGAGAAAUGCUGUCACGCAGGUUUCGACACCAGAUGAAAUGAUAGCUUUGGACUCGCCGUCACUGAACGACGAGGCAUCACUACAUGUCCCUCUCGGAUGCGAUGCUGUGCUUGUCAUAGCUUUGCAGGACGAAGAUCUUUGUCCACUACCUGGUGCGAGCGGAGGAUCCAACUCCAGGACCCAUUUCCGACCGCCUCCACAAUCAAUUCAUUCUCACGAUCCUCCCAAAGAUGAGCCUGAGCCGUUGUACGCGAUGGAGACCUCUGUCGUGACAGGUCACAGAAGUGGAAUGGCAGCUGUUCUGCUGCGUGCGGGAGACGUGAUUACAUUUACCGGUCCCGCACAGCGUGCAUGGAAGGGGAUCGCCAAAGUGGUGCCUGGAAGCUGGCCGGAAUGGGAACACGAGUGGCCAUGCUGGGGUGAGAGAGCUACUGAAUCUGAAAUCGAGACUCACAAGGGCUGCGUGAAAGGGACUCAUGUGGAUCUCAUCAUCUCUUGA